AUGUCCGGCGCAAGACACUGGGAGCAAGAUAAAGAGGCUACCGUAUACAUUGGCAACCUCGAUGAGCGGGUGGCAGAUAGUUUGGUAUGGGAGUUGAUGCUGCAGGCCGGGCGCAUCGUUAACGUUCACUUGCCAAAAGAUCGGGUCACUCAAUCACACCAAGGUUAUGGAUUCGUGGAAUUUAUUAGCGAGGAGGAUGCCGAGUACGCAUCUCGAAUAAUGAAUGGCAUCCGUAUAUACGGAAAGCCAAUCCGUGUGAACAAAGCAUCUGCCGAUAAGCAGAAAUCGGUGGAGAUUGGAGCAGAACUCUUUGUUGGAAACCUCGACCCCAUGGUCACGGAGCAGGUCCUUUACGAUACUUUCAGUCGAUUUGGAAACUUGGUUAAUAUCCCAAAGAUUGCACGAGAUGAUAACAAUCUAUCCAAGGGUUAUGGAUUUGUAUCAUUUGGCGAUUUUGAGUCUUCAGAUGCGGCUAUAACCAACAUGAAUGGUCAGUACCUCAUGAAUAAGCAAGUAUCAGUGCAGUACGCGUACAAGAAGGACGGCAAAGGCGAGAGGCAUGGCGAUGAAGCAGAACGAAUGCUCGCAGCACAGGCUCGCAAGCACAAUGUUCGCCCGCCCACCCAACAAAUACCUCCACAGUUUGCAGGCCCCGGAGCACCAACUAUGGUACCAACAGGAAUGGCCACCGGUGAUGGCUCUCGUCCCUUGAGCACUGCUCCUCCACCAGAUCUAGGUAUGGGCAGGGGCAUGGUGCCGCCAAACGUCGGUUAUCAAACUAUGCCUCCGUCACAACCGAAUAGAGCUGCUCCCCCCACAACAUCGCUGGCGAACCCUCCGCCGGGACUGCCGGCACGUCCCCCGCCGUCUCAGGCUGGCUAUGGAGGCCCGCAAGGUUUCCUACCACCUGGCUUUAACAACGCUGGAUCCCAGCAACCCACAUUCCCGCCACCAGGAGCAGGUGCACCACCAGGAUUCGGGCCUUCUGGCUUUGUUCCUCCGGCAGGAGCGUCUGGGCCUCCUCCAUUGCCACCGGGGUUCCAGCAAUCGGGAUUUGGUAGGGGACGAUGA